AUGAAUCCUACUCUCACUUCUGCUGCUGCUGCAGCACGUAAACAACAACAACCACCAGCAGCAGCAGCAGCAGCAGCAGCAGGGGGAACUGACUCUGAUUCUGCUGCUGCUGCUGCAGCAGCAGCAGCAGCAGCAGCAGGGGAAGGAGAAGGAGGAGCAGGAGGGGGGGCUAAUGACCUAUUGACAGAAGUGCAGCAGCUAGAAAGAGAAGAAGAAGGAAUGAAGGGAGACGGAGCUGACCUAGCUCUCGCGUUCGAUACCCAGCUAGCUGCUGAAAUAUCAAAAUUAAAUCCUGGAGAUAAAAUUAGCUUCGAGGCGACGCUGCAUGAGCUGGGGAGGAGGGGCAAGCCAACACUGGGUCGUUUGUGGAGCGUCCAGCUGGUGGAGCCUUGGGUGUCUCGUGAGCUGCGUCUGAAGAAAGCAGCAGCAGCAGCAGCAGCAGCAGAAACUUUAUCUGAUUCUCUUUUUUCUGAUUUAUUAUUAGGGGGUAUGGGGGGCAGCAUGCUGAUGGGUUUAGGGGGCCCCUUUGGGGGCCUCAGGCUCCCCUCAUCGAUGCUGGGGCGUGGGGUUGUUGUUAUACGAUCCACUACAGUGGGAGACGACGGGGAGGUGUUGGAGGAGCAGGUGUGGAAAGCGGGAGGAGACGAUCCCGCAGCAGCAGCUUUGCUGCUUGACCAGCAGCAGCAGCAGCAGCAGCAGCAGCAGCAACUGCUGCAGCAUGAAAGCAUACAAAUCGCUACAGGGGGACUAACAAAUGCCUCAGGAGAUGUGGGGGUUCUCUCUAUGUUAAAUGAGUUAAUAGAGCAGCUGCAGCAGCACCACGACAAACAAAAGCUGCAGCAGCAGCAGCAGCAGCAGCAAAAGCGCAGCCGCAGCAGCUUCGAUAGCAACGAAGAUAUAUAUGAGUUAAAUAUAUCAUCCGAACAAAAAAAAACAGAAAAAGAAAAUGAAGAAGAAGAAGAAGAAGAAGAAGAUGACGGCGAAGAAGAAGAAGAAGAAGAAGAAGGGGACGGAGACGACGAGGAGACAGCUGAAGCGAGCAGCGAAGCAGAGACAGCUGAUGAGGCAGCAGCAACACCAGCACCAGCAGCACCAGCAGCACCAGCAGCAGCAGCAGCAGCAGCAGCAAAAGCAGAUAGAGGAGACAGCAGCACAAGACAGACACAGCAAACUGCUGCUGACGAAGAACUCUUCUACUCUCUACCCCCUCGAGAAGAAAGCGCAGCAGCAGCAGCAGCUCCUGCAGCAGCUGCUCAAACCAAAGACAGAAAAACCGAAGGCAAGGACCAGCAGCAGCAGCAGCAGCAGCAGCAGCAGCAGCAAAAGAAGCAAACGCAAGAGAAAACGACGAAGCAGAAUCAACCAAAGCAGCAGCAACAAAAACAAACGACAAAACAAACAGGCGAGAACUCAAGCAAACAGCCGAAGAAGCAGCAGCAGCAGCAGCAGCAGCAGCAGAAACCAAAGGAGCAGCAGCAGCAGAAACCGAAGCAGCAGCAGCAGCAGCAGAAACCAAAACAGCAGCAGCAGCAGCAGCAGCAGCAGAAGCCAAAGCAGCAGCAAAAACAGCAGCAGCAGAAACCAAAGCAGCAGCAGAAGAAACAGCAAACACCAUCGACGCCUGCUGGGCAGGUCAAUCAAACGCAGGGACAGCAGCAGCAGCAGCAGCAGCAGCAGCAGCAGCAAGUGCCGCCUUAUCCGCAGCAGCAGCCACCGCCUGCUUACCAACCGCAGCAGCAGCAGCAACCGCCUCCUUACCAGCAGCAGCAGCAGCAGCAGCCGCCUCUUUACCAGCAGCAGCAGCAGCAGCCACCGCCUGCUUACCAGCAGCAGCAGCAACAACCACCUCUUUACCAACAGCAGCAGCAACCGCCUCCCUACCAGCAGCAGCAGCAGCAGCAACCGCCUGCGUACCAGCCGCCGCAGCAGCCGCAGCAAGUGCCUCCAUAUUCGCCGCCGCCGCCGCUGCAGCAGCAGCAGCAGCAGCAGCAGCAGCAAGUGCCGCCAUACCAACCGCCGCCGCAGCAGCCUGCUCCUUCAUAUCAACCGCAGCAGCAGCAAUACCAGCCGCCGCCGCCGCCGCCGCAGCAGCAGCAGCAGCAGCAGCAGAUGCCUCCACCACCGCCCCAGAGUCAGGGGUACUAUCCGCCGCCCCCGCAGCAGCAGCAGCAGCAGCAACCCCAAGCGCAGGAGGUGUAG